AUGAACGACAUGUUUCCUUGCAACGUUGCCCAGUGUUCCACAACGGGCUUCGAGAGUAUCACCGGGGCCCGUUUCAGAAAGGAGGUUCAGUAUGUUAACCCUGAAAUGAGGGAAACUCUGGGUUUUCCAUUUCAGAAUGGGAGAAACAUCAACCAUCGCGGCCGUGCUCUUACAUCCGAGCAGAUGCUUUACGUUGCCUUACGUUUCUUUGCAAAUGGUAGUUUUCUGUAUAACAUCGGGGAUGCAGAACAUAUUAGUAAGGCUACUGUUUGCAGAGCGGUAAGGAAAGUGUGUCUCGCUCUUAAGCGCUUUCUGAGAAUAUUUGUGUUUUGUAUUUGUAUUUGUGUGAGAGUCAUCAAAGAAGAGUUUCACAGGAUUGCAGGAUUUCCGAAUGUGUUUGGAUGCAUUGAUGGCACACAUAUUCCGAUCAUUGCACCUUCUGAAAAUGAAGCGGACUAUGUCAACAGGAGAUCCAUCCACAGUAUUAAUGUGCAGAUUAUAUGUGAUGCUGCACAUAUAAUCACAGAUGCGGAGGCCAAGUGUCCCGGCUCUGUUCAUGACUCACAAAUGUAUCGGGGGUCAACCCUGAGCAACAGAUUGGAAAGGGGAGAGAUUGAUGGCUUUCUGCUGGGAGAUAGGGGUUACCCAUGCCGACCAAAUCUGAUUACCCCUUACCCAGAACCUGAACCAGGCCCACAGCAGCGCUUCAGUGUGGCACACUGCAGGACGAGAGCCCGGGUGGAGAUGACCAUAGGCCUGUUGAAAGCACGUUUCCAGUGCCUACGUUACCUCAGGGUAACCCCUGAAAGGGCCUGCGACAUUAUUGUGGCAUGUGUUGUUCUCCGUAAUAUUGCCAUAAUUAGAGGGCAGCAACACCCUGCCCUACAAUUACAAGACCCUGAGGAAGACCACAUCAACCCUGCUGAUUUCCAGGAUGGAAGUGUAGUCCGGGAUAUGAUGUGCCGCAAUGUCUUCUCAGAUUAA